ACUUGCUGUUGGCUCAAUUCUUUGGAAGUCAUGUCUGGACGUGGUAAGGGCGGGAAGGGUUUGGGUAAGGGGGGUGCCAAGCGUCACCGUAAGGUGUUACGUGACAACAUCCAGGGCAUCACCAAACCGGCCAUCCGGCGCCUCGCCCGGCGUGGCGGAGUCAAGCGUAUCUCCGGUCUGAUUUACGAGGAGACUCGUGGAGUGCUCAAGGUUUUCUUGGAAAAUGUGAUCCGGGACGCUGUGACCUACACGGAGCACGCCAAGCGCAAGACCGUCACAGCCAUGGAUGUCGUCUACGCCCUUAAGCGCCAAGGACGCACGCUUUAUGGCUUUGGCGGUUAGGUUUCUGAAUUGGCCAUGGCUUGCCUUUAAGAACCAAAGGCCCUUUUCAGGGCCGCCCAAAUGAUCAAAAGAAGAGCUGUGGUAACGUCACUGGGCUAAACAACUCAAUGCAUAAUACUGACAAAGCCCAAGAAACAAGUUAGACUUGAAGGGGUUAAAUGUUUAAUCGUUUUAAAGGGUAUGCCCAUGCAACUGCCUCAGGUCAGUAGUAUACCCACUUACCUUCUUUUGCCCUGCUUUCAUCGGUGUGGGCAGGAGAGCAAUGAUAACUCGAAAAAUAAGUGAAAAACCGCCUGGUAUUUUAAGAUAUUCACACAUUUCACGAACAAAGAGAAUCAAACUGCCCAAUCAGCAAGCCCCAUCCGGAGCUGUCAACCAAUCAGAACUGAUGACCUAAUAGUCCUGAACCCAGUCAGAGAGAGAUGGGAAAAUGGUAAAUAACUUUACUGGAAACGGCAAAAUCCUGUUUUGGAAAAAUUUUUUUAAAUUGUUUUUAAUGGAUGAUGAAACGAGUAAGGGACAUCUAAAUCUCCCUUAAUCUUGUAUUGGGUACAGUGCGGAAAUUAUCAGCACCAAUAUUUGUCUAGAUUAAAAAAAAUAAACUCUGAA